AUGGCCCGCUUCAGACCCAGUCGACUGUUCCGACGUCUUUCCUCUCGCAGCAGCACCCACACCAACAAAGACCCCGACCCCACCCCUCCGUCCACCGCCAACCCAUCCACUCCACCGCCGCCUUUACCCAUCUACUCGGUCUCGGGAGUGCGGCAACUGCGGAAGAGCAGCUCCCUGCCCAAACUCAGGAAGAAGUUGCACGCUUCGGUCGCCGAUACCCAGGCCAGAGCGGACGUCCCGGAGGUCGUGCCCGAGCAGCGCGAGAGUGUGCUUGUAUUGCCCGACGGCGAGGACACCUGUGCUGUCAGCGAAACCACACAUUCACGGCCAUCAGAGAGCGACACGUUGGCGGGAGAGAGAAAGGUCGAGCUGGACGACGAGGACAAGGAGGCGGCUGUCUCGACAGCGGAGUUACAAUUGGAACAGGUCGCGAGCCAACGGGCACACCCAGUCCUCACCGUCGAGCAGCCAACGCCCGAUGCUGAGGAAGGCCUGAGUAAUUUGAAGCCUGGCGCAGCGCGGACCGAGUCGGAUCGCAGUCGAGGCACAGAGUCUGGAGAGAUUACACUUGCCAACUCCACGCCCGAGCAGGAGUCUGCAGCCUCCGUGAGAGACGAGCCAUCGCCGCGGACUUCGGUCUUUCCUGCUGCUGAACGGCCGGAAACAGCCAAACCGACUCGACCGACCGGCACGAACAUACGCAGUCUCAGCAUCGCAGACAGUGCCAAUGCUAAGAUCUUGACCACUCUUCUGGACGCUCCGACGAGACACGAGAUUGGCCUACCUACAGCUGGGAGCUCGCUUCUACCCACCAGUGGUUCGCUCGACUUCUUUGACCCGGGCAUACAAGGCUUGACCAACAUGCUACACCGUAAGGUCUGGGUCAAGCGACCCGGAGCCUCACCUACGCUUGUGCAGAUCAAGGAGGAUGAUUUGGUGGACGAUGCACGCGACACAAUACUACGGAAGUAUGCAAACUCGCUGGGAAAGACGUUCGAUCCUCCGGACAUGGUGCUACAUAUCGUGACGCGCGCAGAGCAGGGUCAGAAUCGCACACAGAGAGCGCUGGGUCCGGAAGAAGAGAUGUGCAAGACCAUCGACUCUUACUUCCCUGGCGGCCAGACAGUAGACGAGGCACUGGUCAUCGACACUCCACAGAGGCGAACACCUAAGCCCUCACCUAGGGUGAUGCCAAACCAAGCCUACCAUGCACUGGACGAGUACAGACCUUUGGAGAACGGCACCGACUAUUUUCCACCCAUGCCAGCAGUGAUACCUGCCUCCAUACCACAGACGAGCGCGAGCAACGACAGCCGAGCGAGUCACCACCACCAUCCCGUAGUAGGGGGUACCGCUGAACAUCCACGCUCUAUAUCCGUUCUCAAUACCGGCCAAAUCGCGCCCCUACCUUCACCUGGCGGGACGACUCGACGACACCACACCAAUCGUCCGAAGUAUGCUCGACAACAGACAUCCUCACCUACUGUCCUAUCACAUCCCAACGCUGGCGCCGUCGCUGUGAACGCACCUCAAACCGCACACCCAAACCUCCCGCAUCGCGCAUCCACCCGACCGCGAAUGGACUCUUCCACGUCCGAAGCCCACCAUCCCAACGGCGUUCCAGCACCUCCACCACUACCGACACCACCUGCACCGGACGCUGCUCCAACCAACCAAAACCACUCACAACCACCGACACCUGGCGCAGUCCCGCCUGGUAUCGUCCACCGCGCUGGCCGUCCCAAGAAGACGCGCAAACCUACCCCAGAGAGCCAAAUGACCGCCUACGGACGUCGCAAGAAAGAUUCAUCAUCCUCCUCACCUCACCCCGCCACAUCCGGCGUCGGCCUCCUCGACGGAUCCGUCCCACCCAUCAAUGUCCUCAUCGUCGAGGACAACAUCAUCAACCUGCGUAUUCUGGAAGGGCUGAUGAAACGUCUCAAAGUCCGUUGGCAAACAGCCCUGAACGGCCAAAUAGCGGUCGACAAAUGGAAGGCGGGCGGCUUCCACUUGGUGCUAAUGGAUAUCCAAAUGCCCGUGAUGACCGGCUUACAAGCGACGCGAGAGAUCCGCCGCCUAGAGCGCGUCAACGGCAUCGGCGUCUUCAGCUCCACAUCCCCAGACGGGGAAGCCCUCGCCAACGGCGACAAGCCCACCUCCGACGAGACCGACGCAGCUGCCAAACGCGCCGAAGACGACAAGCUCCUCGGCCACUCCGAAGGCCUCUUCAAAUCCCCCAUCAUCAUCGUCGCCCUCACCGCGUCAUCGCUGCAAUCCGACCGUCACGAAGCGUUAGCAGCGGGUUGCAACGACUUCCUCACCAAGCCGGUGAACUUCGUCUGGUUAGAACGGAAAGUCAAGGAAUGGGGCUGCAUGCAAGCCCUCAUCGACUUCGACGGGUGGAGGAAAUGGAAGAAUAUCGCUGAAACCGCUGAAGCGGGGAAGAGCGAGGCGGAGAAGGCGAAGGAUCGGGAAAGGGAGGAGAAGGAGCGCGUGAAGGCGGAGAAGAUGGCGCGGUUGCAGGAGAGGCAGGCGGCGAAGGCGAAGGAGGAGCGGGAGCGGAAGAAGCGGAGUAGUAUUGGCGGUGCAGGGGAGGUUGGUGCGAGCGCGAGGGCGGGCAGUCCGGUGCCUGAGGCGGGUGCCGGGCCGUCGACGGGGACGCAGACUUUGAGGAGUGGGAGGGAGGUGCUUGGGGAGGUGGGGUUUGAGCUUGCGUGA